AAAACUUUCUGAAUGAAUUAGAUUCCUCUUUGUUUUCUUUUCACGUGCAAAAAAUGGCGGGAAAUGGAUGUGGUGGCCUGGUGGGUGCAGAAGAAGGGAACAACAAUGGAGUCACCAUCAGUACUCUCAUCACAUUCGAUGCCAUAGCAGCGGAGGAAGUGCAGAACAUGCAAUAAAUUGAGAAGGGAGAAUGAGGCUGCAUCCUGUAGUCAUAAUCAUGGGGCCAAAGUGUAAACAGCACCAUCUUCUUGUAAACAUAUUGAGCUGCUUUUCUGUUCCCAAAAGAAAUUUGCAAUACCCAUCCCUGCGUGCUAGUUUAUA